UCAGGAACAAUGAACCGAAGGUUGAAUCAUGAACCGGACACGGUCCUUGAGUUAAACGAAUCGACUCCUGGGAUGUGGUGGUUUCCUACAAAUCCUGAGCAUCGUUGCAUCUACCGAGUCCCUCAUCGUCUACGUCGUGUAAAUCCAGAAGCAUACACGCCUCAAUUACUUCUCAUUGGACCUCUUCACCAUUCUUUAAAAUGUCAAGCUCUCAAGUCUCGUGGAGAUAUCACAAACACAAAGUUAAUGGGCUACUUAAACAUGGAGGAGCAUAAAAAGAUUUACCUCGCGAGAUUCUCGGAAAAGCUUGGAGGGAAAAAAACCAUUGAUGAAUUCAGAAGAAUAAUCAAAGAAGACGAAGAUAUAAUCAGGGCAUGCUACUCUGAAUCAACUGCCUGGAUCGAAUCUUCAAAGUUCGUGGAUAUGAUCCUACAUGACUCUGUUUUCAUAAUAGAGUUCAUGUUAAGGAGUAAAGAGUACAUCUUACUUGAGGACCAAGGAUCAGACAUCAAGAAAACAUGGGAUCCUAUAUUUGAGCAGCCUUGUCUUCAAACCACUGUGGAUGAAGACCUCAUUUUGCUCGAGAAUCAACUUCCUUACUUCAUCCUCGAGAAACUCUUCGAUCCAAUAGUUCCAAUACUCCGUCCAGACCAGACACUCCGCAAGUUAAUCAUCACUUACUUCAGAUUCCAAGGUAAUAUCAGAGAUGACUCCAGAUUCAAACAUUUCACUGAUCUAUUCCGAUGUGUCCGCGUGGAGACACUUAGGCCAAAGAAACCAAAGAAUAAAUUCAGAUAUUUAGCUGGUCUGUUCCGAUUUUUUCGCUUGGGAACACAGGGGUCAUCAGGAGAAUUAGAAAAGAGUCGUCCUCAAGAACAUAAAGCUCUUCCCAUGGAGAAGACACAUGGGUCAGGAGAACCAACAAAGAGCAAAUUCAGAUACAUAGCUGAUCUUUUCCGAUGUGUUCCCUGUUGGUGUAAGUUUGAAAAGAAGACUAUGAAGAUUAAAGGCUUGAGGCCCAAGACAUUAUGA